AUAUAUUAAACAGUUUAAACCGGUUUUUAUAUUCAAAUUGAUUCAUUUCAACCUGAUUUUAAGUACACAACAACAAUUAUCUUCAAGACAAGUCUUGUAUCAACAACCAGGUUAUAUAUGGUGGAUAAGGUCAAAGUCUGUUUUUUCACAUAUUUUUAGUUUAAAACUUCAUUGCAACAGUAGUUUAGCCCGAAAUACGGUAACGAUGGCAUUCAGAUUCGCUCAGGUUAUCCGGUCAUAUAGCACGGCCCCAAAACUCAAUGAAGUCGUUGUUAUAUCAGCUGCUAGAACCCCAAUGGGAUCCUUUUUGGGAUCCCUUUCAUCGAUGUCUGCCCCACAAUUAGGAGCUGUUGCGAUUAAAGCAGCAAUUGAACGUGCUGGAAUUCCUAAAGAAGAAGUUAAAGAGGUUUAUAUGGGUAAUGUGUGCCAAGGGGGUGUUGGUCAAGCCCCAGCGAGACAAGCUGUGAUUUUUUCUGGAAUGCCAAAAACUACUGUUUGCACAACUGUUAAUAAAGUAUGUUCAUCUGGAAUGAAAGCAAUAAUGUUAGCUUCGCAAGCUCUUCAAACUGGAAGUCAAGAAUGUGUUUUAGCUGGUGGAAUGGAAUCAAUGUCAAAGGUGCCUUAUUAUUUAAAUAGAGGACAAACUCCUUAUGGUCAAGUUAAUUUAGUUGAUGGAAUUGUCCUGGAUGGGUUAACAGACGUUUAUAAUAAGUUUCAUAUGGGGAACUGUGCCGAGAAUACAGCAAAGAAAUUGGGAAUUACAAGACAACAACAAGAUGAAUUCGCAAUUGAUUCCUAUAAACGUAGCGAAGAAGCAUAUAAAAUCAAUGCAUUUGCUGAUGAAUUAGUUCCAGUUCCAGUACCACAAAAAAAAGGGCAACCUGAUAAAAUCUUUUCAGCCGAUGAAGAAUACAAACGAGUUAAUUUCGAAAAAUUCAACAAAUUAUCCACAGUUUUUCAAAAAGACAAUGGUACAGUAACCGCCGGAAACGCUUCAACAUUAAACGACGGAGCUGCUGCUUUAAUUUUAACAACCCCAGAACAUGCAAAACGACUCAACGCGAAACCCUUAGCGAGAAUCGUGGGAUUUUACGAUGCAGAAAUCGACCCAAUUGAUUUCCCUAUCGCCCCAGCUCAUGCUAUUCCAACUUUAUUAAAAAACGCAGGAGUUAACAAGGAUGAUAUCGCAAUGUGGGAAAUUAACGAAGCGUUUAGCGUUGUUGUUUUAGCGAAUGAGAAGAUGUUGGGGAUAGAUCAUAACAAGGUUAACAUACACGGCGGUGCUGUUAGUUUAGGACAUCCAAUUGGAAUGUCCGGAGCGAGAAUUGUAACGCAUUUAGUGCAUGCUUUAAAACCGGGCCAAAAAGGUGUUGCUGCUAUUUGUAACGGUGGUGGCGGAGCUUCGUCAAUUUUAAUUGAAAAAUUACCGGAGACUUUGCCCAAGAACGUUGUACCCAAAAUUACGUUGUAUACGAAAAAUCCUUGUCCGUUAUGCGAUGAAGUCAAAUUAAAAUUAACCAAUUACCUCGAUCGUUGUGAAUUAGAAAUCGUCGAUAUUACCAAAAAAGAUAAUUUGAGAUAUUUGAGGUUAUACAGAACGGAAAUUCCUGUUUUAUUCUUAAAUGGGCAGUAUUUGUGUAAACAUACUUUGGAUGAGGUGUUAUUAUUAAGGAGGUUGCGUGAAAUUGAGGAGAGAUUAUAAGAUUAUUUUGUAUAUUUAUUAUAAAUUUUAAUUUGAUUUAAAUUAAAAAAAAUAGUGGUGA